CCUUCCUUCAACCACAACAACCCUUUCACGCAUACUAUGGACGGGAUUCCAGCUUUACUUGCAGGUACUCUAAACCCUGUUACCUCUAGAUCUGCCGAGGAAGCUUUAAAAUCAUGGGAAGUUCAAGAUGCAAGCUUUGCACUUCAGUUAUUAAGCAUUGUUGCAGACGCAACCUCGGAUCCUAGUAUUAAACUUGCUGCUUCUUUAUAUUUUAAGAAUUAUAUCAAGAGAUAUUGGGAUGCUGAAGAGGAUGCUACUGUUCGCAUAAAUGACGAAGUGGCCGAACUUGUCAAACGCGAAAUCAUCAGUCUCAUGCUUAAAAGCCCUGCUAAUAUUCAGGUACAGUUAGGCGAGGUUGUGGGCUACAUUGCCAAUUUCGAUUUUCCUGAUCGCUGGGAUUCUCUUCUGCCUGAUUUGAUUUCGCGACUUUCCCCAGUGGACAUGAAUACAAAUAUUUCUGUACUUUCUACGGCUCAUGCUAUAUUCAAGCGUUGGCGUCCUUUGUUUCGAAGCGAUGCAUUGUUUUUGGAGAUUAAGUAUGUGCUGGAUCGUUUUUGUGAACCCUUUCUUGCUCUCUUCAAGCAAACCAACGCUCUUUUGGCAAGCGGGCCUCAAGAUGUCGCAUCAUUAAACACCUUAUUUCAGGUUAUUUUAUUACAGUGCAAACUUUUUUAUGAUUUAAAUUGUCAGGAUAUUCCAGAAUUCUUUGAAGAUCAUAUCACAGAGUUUAUGACCACCUUUCUCAAUUACUUUAUCUAUUCGAAUCCUGCUUUAGAAGAUGAAGAUAACAAUAUCUUGAUUAAGGUAAAGGCCAGUAUUUGUGAAAUUGCUGAACUUUAUACUCUUCGUUACGAAGAAGUGUUUACUAAUUUAACCGAUUUUGUAAAUAUGACUUGGACGCUACUCACAAAUCUUACCCAGGAGGAGAAAUACGAUGUGUUGGUAGGAAAAGCUAUGGCUUUUCUAACCUCAGUUAUUCGAAUUCGUAGGCAUGCAGAGUUUUUCCGCCAAGAGCCUAUUCUCCAACAAUUUAUCGAGCUUGUCAUUCUUCCAAAUAUCUGCCUGCGUGAAUCUGAUGAAGAGCUUUUUGAAGAUGAUCCCCUCGAGUAUGUUCGUCGUGAUUUGGAGGGAUCCAAUAGUGAUUCUCGUUCUCGGUCUGCCAUCGUACUGGUUCGGGGAUUAUUAGAUCACUUCGAUCAGCUAAUCACCACUGUUAUUACUACACAUAUAAAUGCUAGUCUACAACAAUCAUCUUUAAAUCCUGCAUCAGACUGGAACAAGAAGUAUGCUGCUCUGCAAUUAUUUGCGGCUAUCGCAAUCAAAGGUCAAUCCUCUAGAUUGGGAGUUACUUCUACCAAUCUAAUGGUUGAUGUUGUAAGUUUCUUUGAGAGCAACAUCAGACCUGAUUUAGUCCAACCUGUUGGUAGCGUUCAUCCUAUGGUAUUAGCCGAAGAUAUUAAGUUUGUAUUUACUUUUAGAAACCAACUGCAGUCCCAACAACUUGUCGAUAUCCUACCUGUCAUCGCCGGUUUCUUGAAAUUGCCAAACUUUGUUGUUUACACUUACGCUUCAAUUGCCAUAGAUCUAUUGCUUACGCUCCGUCAUAACCACGUACACAUAUUUACUAGUCUUCUUAUAGAACCGAUUGUCCAACCGGUAUUAGUACAGUUAUUUUUCAUUAUCGAGAGUGGUGCUACUCCUCAGAAACUUGCUGAAAAUGACUACUUGAUGAAGGCUAUAAUGCGAGUUAUUAUUAUGUCUCAAGAGCGCAUCGUGCCAUUUGCUGAACUUGCAUUAUCCCAUUUAACCAAAAUAACAACAGAAGUAUGCAAAAAUCCCUCUAACCCUAAAUUCAAUCACUACUUAUUUGAGGCACUUGGUGCGUUUAUUCGCAGCUUAUCUAAGUCAGGACCUCAGACCGUCGCCCAACUAGAAUCUGCAUUGCUUCCUGUUUUCCAGAAUGUUUUAGUCAUGGACGUGACUGAAUUUAUCCCUUACGUUUUACAACUCUUGUCCCAAUUAAUUGAGGCAAGUGGAUCUGAACCUUUGCCUGAUUUCGUUGUCAAUAUGAUACAACCUUGUUUAUCUCCAGCUCUUUGGGAUUCCAAGGGAAACAUUCCUGCUUUGGUAAGACUUCUGCAAGCAAUGAUUACCCGCGGUCCCCAAAUAUUUGUUUCAAAUAACUUUGUGGAACCCGUUUUAGGAAUUUAUAGGAAGCUAAUAUCCUCAAAAAUAAACGAUCAUUUUGGUUUUGAUUUGCUUGAUCGGGUUUUCUCUGUUUUCGAUGCUAACGUUCUUGCUCCCUAUAUAAAUCAUAUUUUUUUCUUAUUAUUAAGCCGCCUUAAAAACUCUCGUACUGAACGGUUUUCACUACGUUGUACCGUAUUUUUCUUCUUUUUAGCGGCUUCUACAACUGGUUCAUGCGGACCAGAUAAUUUGAUUCACGGUGUGGAUUCUGUACAAACCGGAGUUUUUGGACAAGUCAUGUCUUCAAUUGUUUUACCUCAAACUCAAAAGCUGUCCCUUCCUUUAGAUAGGAAAAUCACCGCGAUUGGAAUGGUACACUUGCUCACUAGUGAUCUUUUACUAUCAAAUAACUCCCCAUAUGAACGCCUCUUCAUUCCCAUCUUGUCAUCGCUAUUGAAGUUAUUCGAACUUCCAAUCGAACAAACCCAAACCGAGGCUGACGAAGAUCUUAUGGUAGACGAAAUUGAUGCUGACUCAGUGAUGUUCCAAGCUUCCUUCUCAAAAUUGGCAACUAGUGGCGGCAAACGUUUGGAUCCAUUUUCUCAAAUUACUGAUCUUAAGCAAUAUGCCGCUAUGGAGAUGAACGCCGCUAAUAAACGCUAUGCCAAUCGAGUGUCCCAAAUUAUAAGCAUGCACUUGCCUGGUGAUGGACAAAGCGUUUUACAGUCUUACGGUUAUGUUAUUUAAAACUCAUACAUACAAUAGAAAAUAACGGGUAUUUGUUCAAGGAAAAAGUAUUUAAGGUAAUAAAUUUUGUGUUUUAUUUCAGUCUAUCUGUUUGAAAAAAUAAUCUAGUACAUGUAGUUAUGCAAUUUGUGAGAAGAACAUGAACGUGUCAUACAAAGAACCACAUUUUCUAAGAAUGGAAGUCAUACAUGGGCUUAAAAACUUCUUGCAUCCAAGUUUCUUUUUUAGGAUUGUGAGUGGCAUGACGAAGCAUAUAAAUGACUGUACUUGGUUUAAUACCCGGAAUCCGCUUCAAUUGUCCGAUGGUAACAGGUCGAAUAGUUUUUAACAAUGCUAAUUCUUCUGCGGAAACAGAUUGCAGCCUGAUUGUUAGUAUAUAUAUAUACUAUUAGAAAGAAGGAAAUAAACUUACUUUUCGAAGUCAAAAUUAAGAGGAAUAACAGUGGACUCAUCUCGAUAAUAAAGUAACUUAUUUUGAGAUGCUUGACGACCGAUGUAAAAUGCGUAUCUUCCUUCAAUGAUCACUCUUUCAAGUAUCCUCCGUGGAAGUUCUUUCACUGAAGGAAGUGUGAAUAGAAUAUCCAUUGCAUUAAGAUUAGUAAAGGUUAACAAUUGCCAGGCACUUCGAUACUUUCCAUCAUAGGGUACCGAAAAUCCAAGCUUGGCCCACUGCUGAGAGCUCAAAUUCUUGUUCUUCAAGUCAAAAAUGACAGUGUCUAUUAAACUUUUAGUGCUCGAAAACGUAUCCCAUUGACUGCUGUCAUCAAGUAAAUUAAGAGAUUUCGUCAAGGGGACCAGUCUUAAAUCAGCAUUGUCUGCUCUCGUGGUAAGUCGGUAUUCACUUCUAGAUGUAAAAACUCGAUAAGGUUCUUUAACUCCUUUGGUUACCAAGUCAUCAAUCAUUACUCCUAAUAAUGCAACAUUUCUAGGUAUGGUAAUAGGUCCUUUACCUAAAGCAAUCAGACCGGCAUUUAUACCGGCUAUGAUACCUUGCGCAGCAGCCUCUUCAUAUCCUGUUGUACCAUUAAUUUGACCAGCUGUAAAUAGCUUAUGAAUUUUUUUCGUUUCAAGCGUAGGAUGGAGUUGACGAGGAUCAACAUAAUCAUACAUCACGCCAUACGCUGGACGAACUAGUUCGGCGUUCUCAAGCCCUGGAACAGUUCUGAUAAUUAAUUUUUGGACGUCUUCGGGCAUUGAGUUACUUAGCCCGUUAGGAUACCAAAAAGAGUCAGGGCUUAAACCUUCUGGUUCUAACCACACAAUGUGUCUACUUUUUUCGGGAAAGCGUGUUACCUUGGCUUCUAAAGAGGGACAAUAACGAGGAGAAUGGAUAUCAUGAGCAAGCAUAUGAGGGGCUAGGUACAAAUUAUCACGGAUGUGUGCGUGUGUUUGUUCUGUUGUAUAAGUUUUGUAACACGAGCGUUGAGGUAGUUUUGGAAAAAAAUUGUCAUUUAAGUUGCGAAAACUAAACGCUUCUGGUACUUCAUCGCCAACUUGCUCCGAGAGAUUCGCGACGUCAACUGUUUUAGGAUGUAUACGUGGCGGUGUCCCUGUUUUCAGACGUCCCAUCUGAAAACCCAGACGUCGAAGACAAUCACUGAGAGGAAAUGAAGGAGCUUCCCCAAGCCUACCUGCAGGUGUCUGUUUGUUUCCGACAUUAAUAUUAGCACCUAAAAAAGUUCCAGUUGUAAUAACAACGCCAUUCGCUUCAAUUUCUGUACCAUCGGCGAGCUUAACGGAAGAACAGGUUAGGUUACCAGAAGCAUCUGGCGUCGUAGUUAUAUCAACAGCACUACCUUCUAGAAUUUGAAGAUUCGGUCGAUAAUUACUCAUCCUCUUUUGCAUAUUUGCCUUGAAGAUUGAACGAUCCAUCUGGGCUCUCGGGCUCCAUACGGCUGCUCCUUUCGACCUGUUUAGAACAUGAAAUUGAAUAGCAGAAUCAUCACAAACACCACUAACAACACCACCGAGAGAGUCAAUUUCACGCAUUAAUGUGCCCUUUCCGAUCCCCCCGAAAGCGGGAUUGCAACUCAUUUGUCCAAUAUCAUUCCUUGACCUUGUCAAAAGAAUUGUCGGUACUCCUAGCCUUGCCGAAGCAGCAGCUGCUUCGACUCCUGCGUGGCCUCCUCCAAUUACCACUACAUGCCCUUUAUUUGUCACCAAAUUGGUGCUAAAUGCUCUUCUUGAAGUAUGUACAAAAGUUUUAAGAAACAUCAUACAGUUUUCAUUCGAUACCCAUGUUUUUCCAAAGAUAAAUCCAAAAAUUGAAGAAUAAACGAAACUGUUAUAAGUUAUAUGUUAUUUGGUGGUAGAAUUUGAUUAGUCGUUGUCCUUAUGGUGGUAAUGCACUAAUAAAAAUCUGUUGCGAUUAAUGAAUAGAAAUUGGUUUAAUAUUAAUAUUAGGGAGGACGAAGAUGAAAAUUGCUAUUGUUUGUUUUGAAAAUAUAGCUGAAAUUAAAUUUAAUUCAAAAAGAAUUGUAAUAACGUUCAUUAAGCAGUUAGUUCCUAAAGUCUCUCUAGUGUUCUUUUUCUAUC